AACUUAGAGAUUUGUUGAUCACCGGGCAUGGUCUCAAAGUCGUGUGUAAACUGGACAGAAGCCCAAACCAAAGAAAAGCUAAAAAGUCAAGCGAUCACCAGCGAGCGUGAGAGAGAGAUGCCGAGUCUCUGCUGAGUGCGCCAACCAUAACCAUAUCUCCACUCAUUCACUCACUCUCCACAGUGAGAACAAGAUGAGGAACCAAACGCUGCGUUUCAUCCUCUUCCUCUUCCUCUUCCUCUGCUCCCACCUCCGCCCCACCCUCUCCUGGAAGAAAGACGAAUUCCGAACCUGCGACCAAGCCCCAUUCUGCAAGCGAGCCCGAUCCCGCGCCCCCGGCACCUCCUCCCUCGCCGCCUCCCACGUCACAAUCUCCGACGGCGACCUCACCGCCAAACUCACCCCCAAACACGAUCCCCAUUCCAAACCCUUGAUCCUCACCCUCUCCGUCCACCAAGACUCCAUCCUCCGUCUCAGAAUCGACGAAGACCCCUCCCUCUCCCCUCCCAAGACCCGCUUCCAACUCCCCGACGUCGUCGUCUCCGAUUUCCCCUCCACCAAGCUUUGGCUCCCCCGCCUCACCUCCGAGGACAACGCCACCGCCUCCUCCGUCUUCCUCUCCGACGCCCACUCCGCCGUCCUCCGCCACGACCCCUUCGAACUCUUCAUCCGCCACGACGCCUCCGGCCACCGCGUCAUCUCCCUCAACUCCCGCGGCCUCUUCGACUUCGAGCCCCUCCAACACAAAUCCGAAGGCGACGAUUGGGAAGAGCGCUUCCGCUCCCACACCGACUCCAGACCCUACGGCCCCCAAUCCAUCAGCUUCGACGUCUCCUUCCACGCCGCCGAUUCCCUCUACGGCAUCCCCGAACGCGCCACCUCCCUCGCCCUCAGGCCCACCAGAGGCCCAAACGUCGAUCACUCCGAACCCUAUCGCCUCUUCAACCUCGACGUCUUCGAAUACAUCCACGAUUCCCCCUUCGGCCUCUACGGCUCCAUCCCCUUCAUGCUCUCCCACGGCAAAACCAGAGGCACCACCGGAUUCUUCUGGCUCAACGCCGCCGAAAUGCAAAUCGACGUUCUCGCCCCUGGCUGGGAUUCCGACUCUGCCGAUUCCCACAUCGCGCUUCCUUCUAAUCGCAUUGACACGCUUUGGAUGAGUGAAGCUGGUGUUGUCGACGCGUUCUUUUUCAUUGGCCCAGGCCCUAAGGAUGUGCUGCGCCAGUACACGGCGGUGACCGGGACUCCGGCCAUGCCGCAGCUCUUCUCGAUCGCAUACCAUCAAUGCCGGUGGAAUUACCGCGAUGAAGAGGAUGUUGAGCACGUGGAUUCCAAGUUUGAUGAGCUGGAUAUUCCCUAUGAUGUGUUGUGGCUUGACAUUGAGCAUACUGAUGGGAAGAGGUAUUUUACUUGGGAUAGUGCUCUGUUUCCGCACCCUCAGGAGAUGCAGAGGAAGCUGGCUGAUAAGGGGAGGAAAAUGGUCACUAUUGUGGAUCCUCAUAUUAAGCGGGAUGAGAAUUUCCAUUUGCACAAGGAGGCUUCGCAGAAGGGGUAUUACGUGAAGGAUGCUAGUGGCAAUGACUUUGAUGGGUGGUGCUGGCCGGGUUCCUCCUCGUAUCCGGAUACUUUGAACCCGGAGAUUAGGGAGUGGUGGGCUGAGAAGUUUUCUUACCAGAAUUAUGUUGGGUCUACGCCUUCGCUUUACAUAUGGAAUGAUAUGAACGAGCCUUCUGUUUUCAAUGGGCCAGAGGUGUCAAUGCCUAGAGAUGCUUUACACUAUGGAGGUGUGGAACACCGGGAGUUGCACAAUGCCUACGGAUAUUACUUCCACAUGGCGACAGCUAAUGGGCUACUGAAACGUGGUGAGGGUAAAGAUAGGCCAUUUGUCUUAUCAAGAGCAUUAUUUGCUGGAAGUCAAAGGUAUGGAGCAGUUUGGACUGGGGAUAACACCGCUGAUUGGGAUCACCUAAGAGUUUCUAUUCCAAUGAUUUUGACCCUUGGUCUUACUGGGAUGUCGUUCUCUGGUGCUGAUAUUGGUGGAUUUUUCGGGAAUCCAGAACCUGAAUUAUUGGUUCGAUGGUAUCAGAUAGGAGCUUACUAUCCUUUCUUUAGAGCCCACGCCCAUCAUGACACAAAAAGACGAGAGCCAUGGUUGUUUGGAGAACGAAAUACAGAAUUGAUUAAAGAUGCAAUACAUGUUCGUUAUGCACUUCUCCCGUAUUUCUACACAUUAUUCAGGGAGGCUAACACUACUGGUGUUCCCGUGGUCCGUCCAUUGUGGAUGGAAUUCCCAUCUGAUGAAGCUACUUUUAGCAACGAUGAAGCUUUCAUGGUCGGGAGCAGUCUUUUAGUGCAAGGGAUCUAUACUGAGCGAGCUAAGCAUGCAUCGGUCUAUUUGCCUGGACAACAAUCCUGGUAUGACAUGAGAACUGGAACAGUGUACAAGGGAGGGGUGACACACAAGUUGGAAGUUACACAGGAGAGCAUUCCUGCUUUCCAGAGAGCUGGAACCAUUAUUGCAAGAAAAGAUCGGUUUCGGCGAAGUUCCACUCAGAUGGAAAAUGAUCCCUAUACACUGGUUAUAGCUCUGAAUAGUUCUCAAGCAGCUGAGGGUGAACUCUACAUUGAUGAUGGCAGCAGCUUUAAUUUUCUGCAAGGGGCCUAUAUCCAUAGACGUUUUAUUUUCUCAAAUGGGAAACUUGCUUCUGUAGAUCUGGCUCCUUCUGGUAGCAAUGGGCGUUAUCCAUCAGAUGUUUUAAUCGAAAGAAUAAUUCUGCUGGGACAUGCUCCCGGCUUGAAAAAUGCACUCAUUGAGCCAUCAAAUGAGAAGGUUGAUAUUGAACUUGGCCCCCUUUGGUUUCUAAGGGCACGUGCACCAGCUGUCAUGACCAUACGUAAACCUAAUGUCCGUGUUGGAGAAGAUUGGACUAUUACAGUUUCUUAAUAUUUCUGGCCUGAGGGAGGAAUUUGAUGUUCAAUGCUACCUGUAGCGUAAAACGAGAUUUUGUUUGUGUUUCUCUAGUUGAGUUGAUAUGAAGUUCAACUGCAAAGUUGGGGCAAGAAGAAGAAUCGCAUUAGCUUUGAAGAAUGUUAUACGCACCAACUCAGUCUGAGCGGCUUAUUUAAUGUAGGACUUGAUAACUUGAAAGAUUGAUAUUUGGAAGUUGUUGACUACAGGAAUUAGUUCGAUAAGGAUAAAUUUGUAUCGUCUGGAAUAGUUUGUGUUUGUUUUGGAAAAAGUUGAUAUGAUAAAUAUAAAAAGUAACCUA